GUGAAUUUUAUUUCGUUCGUCUCGAGAGGAGACUAAUUGAGAUCCCGCCUCGCACAUGCGCACUCAUUAUCGCUUCAUCGCAAAAUAGCAGGUUCAAACACCUGCCGCACUCUUACAGAAAAAACGAUUUUUCUUCGGAAAUACGACGCAUUUUUACUCAAAAGACUAUUCAUAUCUAUUUUCAGAAGUUAUUCAAGGCAAGGUGAUAAUUUCUUGCACUUCAGAAUCGUAUUUUUACGUUUUCUAUCAUGAGUUCGAGCAACGCUCGCGAUCAAGAUUCGGCGGAUUUGAGUCCGUCUCCGACCGGACCGAGAGCCUCCUCGGCCCCCGAAACUCCGGCGGCGAUGCUCCACCAUGGGUCUAAGCACCCCGCGAGCACAUCCACCUCCAAAAGCCUCACAAGUCAUGAGCCCAAGAGCUCCGUGAGCGGGAAGAAGAUCGAUAAACGGUAUGUUAAGAAACCAGAGAAAGAUAAGAAGAAGCAAAGCAAUGUUAAAGACGGCAAUAGCGGACCCCCAGCUUCAGUUUCAUCUUCAAAAAAGGAGCAGUCGUCCCACUCACGGGAUGAAAAUAAAAACUUGGCUGAUGUUGACAGUCGUUUAACAAAACUGGAAUCCAUGCUUAACCGUGUCAUUGGUGCUCUCCCAUUGCCGGAGGAAGAUUAUGACCAACAUUACGCUGAACAUGCUCAUAAUGAGGACUCAGCUGAUGAUCAUGAUGACAUCAAUCCGUACCAAUCAUGCCAAAGGCUGUACACGCAACCAGUUGAUGUUGAUUACGAUGACAUCACAUGUACUUCCCAAGAGGAAUCCACAUUGCCAAAAAUGAUUCCCACAUUCGCAGCUAAGUUUGCUGCCCAAUCUGAUGAGGGGCCUCCUCUUGAAGAAGAAAUGGCUAGCUCAACAAUGUUCAUGAUGAACAAUAAAUUGGAGGAGAAAGUCCUCGAAGAGACUGGAAUAAAAUAUUUGCCACCAAGCAACUGCCCCUACUUGGAUGUACCUAAAGUGAACCCUGUUAUUUGGGAGAAUCUGUCUCCUUCAACAAGAAGCAGAGACCUCAAGCUAGCUAGGGUACAGAAAUCCCUCACUAGGGGCUUGACUGCCUUCACUCGCUCAAUCUCGUCAGGCAACCUUUCUCCAUCUCAACAAGAUGCAUUGGCCUUGCUGUCUAAUGCAAAUUACGAAAUGAAUGCUCUACGCAAGGAACAAAUAAAGCCUGACAUGAAUGCUGCAUACAGCCACCUGUGCAAACCAACUAUUCCGGUCACAAAGUUCCUUUUUGGGGACGAUUUGGGAAAGCGAGUUAAGGACAUGACCGAAGAGCAGAAAGCUACUGGACGAGUUGUAAAAACUUCAGAGCCAGGCCGUGGCCGUUAUCGAGCUCACGCCAAUUACCAUCCUUACAGAGCUGGAGAUUACUCCCGCCAAGGUUACAGAGCUGCAGGUUGGUCUACUCCUAACCAUCGACCACAAUCAGGUGCUCCUUACAGGCCUUUUUUGGACAGAAAGGCCCCUAUCAGGGGCCGCAGACAGCCACAAGCCCCCAUGGUGAAAAAACCACCAGCAUCUCAGGGCAGAUACCGAGAGAAUCCCCAGCGGAAGUAGCUACCAGUAUACCCCAAGAGGGUAACAGGGGACCCUUCGAGAAUAUAGGCUUAGAUGAAGGGAUCACCGACGUGUUGACAGCAUCAUUGAGGAAGUCUACUCAACGUCAGUACCGAGUAUAUUGGACAAAAUGGACAAAAUUUUGUGAAAGCAGGAAGAAAAGUCCUCUUCGUUCUUCAGUUAACUUUGUGUUAGAAUUUUUAGCAGAACUGUUUCAUAGAGAGAAGGCUAGUUAUAGUACAAUGAAUGCAGCAAGAAGUGCAUUAUCCUUGUAUGUAACGCUGGAGAAUAGUGUUCAUUCUGUGGGGACACAACCUCUUAUCUGUAGGUUUCUUAAAGGGACCUUUAACCUCAGACCUCCACAAGCACGUUAUCAAGACACUUGGGAUGUCAGCGUAGCAUUGAAAUUUCUACGUAGGCUUUCGCCAGCUAAGACUUUAAGUUUAAAGCAGCUUACACAUAAACUUUGCUUAUUGUUAGCCUUAGUCUCUGCACAAAGGGUGCAGACGUUACAUUUGUUAAACUUAGAUAAGAUGGAACUGAAACAAAGUUCAGUGAGUUUUCAUGUAGAUGAACUGCUCAAGCAUAGCAGACCAGGUCACCAUGGUUUCACUAUGAAGUUGAAGGCAUAUCCAUCAGACAGGAGGUUGUGUAUUGUUAAAUAUUUACGAGCAUAUAUGGAAAGGACUAAUCAG